GAAAUAGAAUAAUUAUUUAAUAGUUUUAUUGUAAUAGUAAUAAUUAGUAAUUCCUUAUUUAACUUAUUAAUAAUUUAAUUCCUCUGUUUUUGUACCAAGAACUGUUAUGUACAUAAGUUUGAUAAAGUUCUUCAAUAGGAAAUAACUCUAAUCCUAUUAUAAUUUUGUACCAAUGGCCUGUCUUGUAAACUCAAUAACGUAAUAAAUCACGUCGAUUAUGUACAUUCUGAAGCUUGCCAGAAGAAAGAAGGAACAUUAGGGAAGAAGAAUAGUAGCAUACGGAAUUAAUUUAAAUACCAGCUGAUACAAACAGCUAUAUAAGUAUGUCGAACAAGAUUUGUAAUGACCAAGUCAAGGACAAAUUGGUUCUAACUGAAGAAGUGGUCGACUAUCUUCAUGAUAAUUCUGCAAUUUCAAAAAAAGCUGCUUUAAAAGCAAAAGAAAAUAAGAAGGAGAUGAUUUUGAAGGAGGUGGAAGAUAAUAAAAGCCUGCAAUUACUGAUUAAUGCCUUAAGAUUUUCUGGGCAAUUUCAAUUGGCAUCUUUCUUGGAUAAUGAAGAAAAGAUAAUGGCAAUAAAGAAUGGUCGACGAAAAGGACAAUUGAACGUCAGACUGAAACCUUUAAAGAUUAAUACGAAAAGUAAGUGCUUGAGAUUAGCUGACAUUUUACACGACACUACGAUGAAUAAAAAUGUAAAAUGUUCCUGUUUCACGUGGAUGUUCAAAAGAGAUAAGAAUAAGAGGAUCAACGACAUUAAACUAUUUCAGUCUUUAUCUGGUGCAAUAAGUGAAACACUUAUGGAAGAGAGUUAUAGGCUGAAAAUUAUCAAGUUUUUUGAAGAAACUCUUGGUAUUCUUGUCUAUGAGAUAAGAAGACAUGAGAAUGAUAUUUUGCUUCAAUUAAUUUGUACAAGUAAGCAGCAAUUAAACGGCUUAGCCAGUAAAUUAAAACAUUGGAAUAUUGAUUUGAAGGAUGAUAAACUAUUAAAUGCUACAAAUAUAACCGAUGUGAAAUUUGGUUUAUUUCCGGAGGAGCAUGAUAUGCUUGUAGUUUCUCAAGAGCUUAGAAAUUAA